AUGUUAGGAAAAGUGCCCAAACGUUCAAUUGAGGAGUACCUGAUGUUCUUCAGGCAUUGCACCAAGAGAUAUGCAGCUCAGUGGCAGGUGGUGAUCAAAAGAACAUAUCCUUGGUUCCGGCCCGGAUACAGGCUGUUUGAGAAUGAGCCAGAAGAAGAAGCUGCCAUAACAGAUUUCAGGAAGAAAUUCUUGAGUGUAACCCUGCCGAGACACCUGCCCCAUGGAGGUGGAAAGCCUCCAAAUUAUCAUUUGGGGGCAGAAGUUUAUCAUCCCAACUUCUGCGCAAGACAGCUUGGCUGCCCUUAG